UUUUCCCGCUCUAACGGUCGCCGACCCCUUAGCCAAUGAGAAGGCUCGGCCCCUUCCCGUUGUCCCGCCCCCCAAUCUAAGAGCGGCGAUUCUACGGGAAAGCGCAUGUGGACUACAACUCCCAAAGUCCCUCGCGGCGGCCAAGGCCUACUAUUCCCAGAGAGCCCCGCGACUGCGCCGGGUAGAGCGGCAACAUGGCGGCAUCGGGUGCUGGUGACACUCGGGACGCCAAGGAUGGAAAGGCCCCAUUCGCUCAGCGUAUUGACCCAACCCAGGAGAAACUGACUCCCUCGCAGCUGCAGUCCAUAAGGCAGGUGCAGCUCGCCCAGUGGCAGAAGACGCUGCCACAGCGGCGGACCCGGAACAUCGUGAUCGGCCUGGGCAUCGGGGCCCUGGUGUUGGGCAUUUAUGGUUACACCAUCUACUCGAUAUCCCAGGAGCGUUUCCUUGAUGAGCUGGAAGACGAGGCCAAGGCUGCCCGAGCCCGAGCUCUUGAAAGAGCAUCAGGACCCUGAACUUGGACAUUGACUGUCUUCAACCUGCCAGAGCCAUGUGGAGCCCUUCACAUGCCAUCACCCUGUGGGAACUGAUGCCUUCGCACAGUAUCACUGGCCUACGUACUAACUUUGGACCACAGUUGGGCCCAAGAAGCAAGAGACUGAAUCUGGCUACUUAGUGUGACAUUAGUCAUUUCCCGCGCACUGUGCACAGUGAUCUAGCCCUUGUUUGUGAUUUACCCCUUCACCUCCCAGGGGCCCAAUUGUGAUGGGGGUGGGCAUGGCAGCUCCCUGCAGUGUUGGAGGCUAAACUGGAAAAGAUUGAAUCAGUUAAGAACAAUAAACUUGAGUCAUCUGCCCUGGA